AUGCCACAGCUAGGCCAACUGUUUGGCUUUGCCAUGCUGCUCGUGGCAACCGCAGUGUUUCUCUACUAUACGGCAUGGACUUUGUUGAUGCCAUUCGUUGAUCAGGGACACCCUCUCCAUGAUCUCUUUCCACCACGGGUUUGGGCCAUCCGCAUCCCAGUGAUACUCACAAUCCUUGGAUCCACGGUGGUUGGCACAUUCCUCGGACUCGUCAUGAUUCGAAGUAACCGGAAGAAGGCAGCGAAGGCCAAAGCUGCAGCGCUCAAGAAGAAAAGCUGA